AUGCGUUCACAAAGGAAUAUGUUAGACAUACAUAGGUAUGAAAUUGAUUUGGCAGAUGACUCGGGAAUCAGGCCUAGAUCCACAUUUGAGUUGAUGGGUAGGCAUGCUGGUGGGAUUGAAAACCUAAGCUAUAUGACUCAAGAUGUUAGGAAUUAUCUUCGCACUAAAAGACAACGUGCCUUAACAUAUGGUGAAGCAGGUAGUUUGAUGAAGUACUUUGUUACCCAAACUAGGAACAACCCAUAUUUCACAUACUCAUUUCAGCUGGAUAGUGAAGAACAAAUAACUAACAUAUUUUGGGCUGAUCCAAAGAUGAUCAUUGACUACACACAAUUUGGAGAUGUAGUCAGCUUUGACACUACAUUUCGCACCAACAAAGAGUGUAGGCCGUUUGGGUUGUUUGCUGGAUUCAAUCAUCAUAGAGGGUGCACAGUAUUCGGGGUUGCACUUUUAUAUGAUGAGACAGUGGAAUCUUUCAAAUGGUUGUUUGAGGUAUUUGCUGAAGCACAUGGUGGAAAGAAGCCUAUAACUAUCUUCACGGACCAAGACAAAGCUAUGGCUAGAGCAUUAAAAGAAAUGUGGCCUCAGACAUGGCACGGAUUGUGUACUUGGCACUUAAUGCAGAAUGGCAUUACGCAUUUGGGUCAUAUGAUGAAGGAUGGCUCUCAUUUUCUUACAAAUUUAAAGAAAUGCAUAUACGAAUACGAUGUGGAAGAUGAAUUCGAGACAACAUGA